GCUCACUCCUUCGCCGUUGUGCCGAGCCCGCAGAGGAGUCGCCAUGAGCAAAGCCCACCCUCCCGAGCUGAAGAAGUUUAUGGACAAGAAGUUAUCAUUGAAGUUAAACGGUGGCAGGCAUGUCCAAGGAAUACUGCGGGGCUUUGAUCCCUUUAUGAACCUUGUGAUUGACGAGUGUGUGGAGAUGGCAACCAGUGGGCAACAGAACAACAUUGGCAUGGUGGUCAUCCGAGGAAACAGCAUCAUCAUGUUAGAAGCCUUGGAAAGAGUCUGACCUGUGCUCAGCAAGCAGUGUCCACAUCCCUCCCCAAAGGCCUGUUUGAUUGUGAUGUAGAAUUAGGUCAUGUACAUUUUCAUAUGGAACUUUUUACUAAAUAAACUUUUGUGAUACUC